AAAGAGAAAGUAGAUUUAAUUUGGCUUACGUACCUGCAACUGACCUAAAUAUUUUCUUCAAAGCUUAUUUUCGACGUUUCUCAUUGUCUAUGCUAUAGAUACGCAUUCUGAGCGAUACAUAUUGUGGUGUUAACUAUAAUUUGUCAAAUGUAUAGUAAAAAUGAAGGAAGACACAGUACUUAAGUGGCAAAAAGUCUACAAUCCUACUGGCCCGCAACCGCGUCCUCGCCAUGGUCAUCGGGCGGUCGCCAUUAAAGAUUUGAUGAUUGUUUUUGGUGGCGGAAACGAAGGAAUCGUUCAUGAACUUCAUGUUUUCAAUACCACCACAAACCAAUGGUUCGUUCCUGUUACAAAGGGAGAAGUACCUCCAGGAUGCGCCGCAUACGGUUUUGUGGUCGACGGCACAAGACUUUUGGUGUUUGGCGGUAUGGUUGAGUACGGCAAGUAUUCUAACGAUUUAUAUGAAUUGCAAGCAUCCAGAUGGGAAUGGAAACGUUUAAAUCCAUUACCACCGAAGCAGGGUCUUCCACCAUGCCCUAGGUUAGGUCAUAGUUUUACUCUUUUAAAUGGAAAGGUAUAUUUAUUUGGAGGUUUGGCUAACGAAAGUGAUGACCCGAAGAAUAAUAUUCCUCGGUAUCUCAAUGAUCUUUAUACUUUGGAACUGUACCCGAACUCAUCAAUGACUGUGUGGGAUAUACCUUUGACGUAUGGUCAGUCCCCACCACCACGAGAGUCACAUAGUGGAGUAGCUUAUACAGACAAAAACUCUGGUAAAUCAUCACUUAUCAUUUAUGGAGGAAUGAGUGGAUCCCGUCUCGGUGAUCUGUGGGUGUUGGAUGUAGAUAGCAUGUCCUGGUCUCGUCCUGAAGUAGCUGGACCUGCACCUUUACCUCGUUCAUUGCACACUGCCACUGUAAUCGGACACCACAUGUAUGUUUAUGGUGGAUGGGUACCACUUGUAUCUGAUGAAUCAAAACUUGCUACCCAUGAUAAAGAAUGGAAAUGCACAAAUACACUUGCUUCUCUUAAUUUGGAAAAUAUGACAUGGGAUAGCAUUGCUCUAGACAAGUUCGAAGAAUGUGUACCCAGAGCACGAGCAGGCCAUAGCACUGUUGCCAUUCAAACAAGACUUUAUAUUUGGUCUGGCCGGGACGGCUACAGGAAAACUUGGAAUAAUCAAAUUUGCUGCAAAGAUCUUUGGUAUCUCGAGGUUGGUGUUCCACCUCAAGCUGGACGUGUGGCACUUAUACGUGCUGGUACUACAUCAUUAGAGUUAUGUUGGCCUGCAAUGAACACUAUCACUACAUAUGUUUUGCAAGUACAGAAAUGUGGUAAACUGGCGCCAGCGCGAUUUCCUUCUGCCGCAGAGCCAGUGACUGUGCCUCCUCCCGCCUCCCCAAUCACUCCGCAACCUGACGCCGCCACCAAAGCAUUUGAAGUGACAUCGCCUGUAUCAUCAGGAUUAGCUCAGACACCGGACCUACCUGUACGCCCUGUUGCCGCUGCGGUGUCACCUGCUACACCCAUCGUUACUACGCCGCAGAAAAUAUUACCAGUCAGUAUCAAAGUACCUUCCCAAAUUGCUGGUACAGUCAAAUUAACGCCCAAUACUCCGAUGCUGCAACAGUCGACAUACCAAAGCAAAAGCGUUGUCAAAUCACCAGCUGCAGGGUCUUCCCAACAAAUUAAAGUGGCAACCAUCAUACCUCAAGGCGUCACUAGAAUUGGAAGUGGCGUAUCGACGCCGACCACUGUACGCGUUACCACAGCUCACUCGAGUCCACAAAUAGUUGUAGGCACCGGCACUUCAACAGGCACCCCUAAAUUUGUCCAAGUAAAAACUGGUGGCAAUGCUGGGGUCCCAGUCAAACUCAAUGCUGCCAAUGUCCCAGUCAAGCUGAUGGGUAAUCCAGUACCACUCAAAAUUGGAACUGCCAACGUGCAAGGCAAGAUGAAUACAAAUAGUGUUCAGAAGAUUUCACAAGUGGGCAGCUCAAAUGUUCCUCUAAAAUUUGGGGUGGGUAAUGUUAAGAUAGGCACCAGUAAUGUUCUUGUGAAAACCAUGGGCGGUGUACCUAUACAAGCAGGAGCAGCAAAUAUACAAACAAAAGUAGCAGCUGGAGUGCCUGUCAAACUCGGGGCUGGAAAUCUUCCAAUGAUUGCCAGUAGUGGAGGUACAAUCCAGAUCACAGGCAGUGCUUUAGGUCAGCAAGUGAAACCACCAGUGUAUAAAAUCGUAACAGCUAAAUCUAAUGAACAGACAGGUGCUGUUGUCACAUCUGCAGUAGCAGCAGGAGCGACAGUUUUACGACAAGCGACUGGAAACUCUGGAAUACCAGUUAUAAUAAAGAAAACUGGUGCUAACCCUCAAGCAAACAAUGCACCUCAGUAUGUCACGCUGGUAAAGACGUCUACGGGAAUGACGGUGGCGACUGUUCCUAAGGUGGCGAUGGUGCAAAAUAGACCCGCUGUUCCUGUUAGUGUGGCUCUAGGACAGAAUAUAGCUUCAGGAACAACAAUUGUCAAAUUGGUUACUGCAAACACAGUAGGUGGUAACAAAAUCAUAACACUGCCUUCAAAUAUGCUGCAACUGGGUAAAUCUGGUGUAGGGGGUAAGCAAACUAUUGUUAUCACCAAGUCGGCGAGCCAAGCCGCCUCCUCCAGUCAGGCCCAGUGAGCCAUCUAUAUGUUCUCAUUGUGAUGUCAGAGUGGUAUGUGCCGAAUCAACAGUAUGUUAAUGCUAAUGAUAUGAUAAUGAUUCAAAGCAGUGGUAUUCUAGAAUGUAAAUUUAAUGUGAAACAUUGAUAGUGAGUCUGUUGAACUAAAGUAUUUUUUAAAUAAUAAUUAUAAUAGAAUAUGAGUUUUUGUAUGUUUCAUGGGUCUGUGUUGAAAGUGUCCUCAUAGUUUUUUCUAAAAUAUUUUAUUUAAUAUCUUAAUAGAAUAAAAUAUUAUUGCCUAUAUACAUACAGAAUUGUAAACCACUUUAGGAUCUGUCAAUCUAACUAUAGCUAUAAUUUUAUCAUAUUAAGCACAUUUUUUUAUACACUGAAUUUUUACAUGACUGCCCAAAAAGGAGUAUAUUAUGUUUCUAUAACUGAAUUUUUAAUUAUUAUAUUUGAUCAAUUUUGCACAAUGUUAUACAGAAAAAUAUUCUUA